CAGGGUGAGAUCCUGGAUGUUCCCGGAGCAAAUAACUGGAAGUACAGUUUGUGUAAAGUUGAUCAGAGUUAAACCUCUGUGUGAUAAGUUAGAUAGCCAAACAAGGGCUUUGUGCUUGUGACAGGCAGACACGAUGAUAGAGAGGAAGAGAGACAACCUGAUGAGCCGAAGGAAACAAACAAUGUGAUUUUUCACCCCGUCAUUAGCCUCUGCCACCAGCUGUUUUUCUUAGUUUUCUUUUAAGUCCAGGUGUUCAAAAUCUCAAGAGGGUGGUUUGCAGCAUUCCCUCGGUUAGGAUAAUAACAGGGAUGGAAAGCAGGGAUCCACAGUCCAGUGAAGGAGAAGGCAGAGGGAAAGAGAGCGAUGGGGAGAAGGACGAGCAUCUCAAGGACCAGCUCGACAGUGAGGAGAAAGGAGAGAAGGAGAUCAGGGGAAACGAGAAAGAGAAGAAGAAAGAAAAGCGUCGCUCAGGAUCUCUAUGGAGGAAUGGAUGGGCACUGAGUGAAAGACUGGCCAUCAAUGUAUCAGGGAUGCGUUAUGAAACUCAGCUUCGCACCUUAGCCCAAUUCCCUGACUCCAUGCUCGGCGACCCCAGACGAAGGUCACGCUACUUUGACCCACUUCGAAAUGAGCUCUUCCUGGACCGCAAUCGAGCCUGCUUUGAUGCCAUUCUGUAUUUUUACCAGUCAGGGGGUAGGCUUCGGAGGCCUGCAAACAUACCCCUGGAUAUUUUCAUGGAUGAGCUGAUAUUCUAUGAGCUCGGAGAGGACAUCAUGAACCGCUUCAAGGAGGACGAAGGUUUUCCAAAAGAAGAGGAGAGGCCUUUGCCAUCCAACAGACUCCAGAGAAAACUGUGGAUGCUGUUUGAGCACCCAGAGUCCUCAUCGGGUGCACGCAUCAUCGCCAUCAUUAGUGUGAUGGUAAUCGUGGUGUCCAUCGUCAUCUUCUGCCUGGAGACACUUCCUGACCUCAGACAUGACAGAGAGGAGCAUCACUCCCAAGCAAAGAACAUGUCUGAGAACAUGCCUGCUGCAUCAAGUUUUUUCCACGAUCCCUUCUUUAUGGUGGAGACUGUGUGCAUAUGCUGGUUCUCCUUUGAGCUCAUCAUGCGAUUCGCUUGCUCCCCCAGCAAAAUGCACUUCUUCAAAGAUGUCAUGAACAUCAUUGAUUUCAGUGCUAUUCUGCCUUAUUUUGUCACUCUGGGAACAGAACUGGUCAAAGACAAUGAUGCCUCUCCAGCCACGUCCUUGGCCAUCAUCAGGGUCAUCAGGCUGGUGAGGGUCUUCAGGAUCUUCAAGCUGUCUCGUCACUCUAAGGGCCUCCAGAUUCUUGGUCAGACACUGCGGGCAAGCAUGCGAGAGCUGGGUCUUCUUAUCUUCUUCCUGUUUAUUGGCGUCAUCCUCUUCUCCAGUGCUGUCUACUUUGCUGAAGCAGACCACAACAAAACAGACUUUGUCAGUAUACCACAUGGCUUCUGGUGGGCAGUUGUCACCAUGACUACAGUAGGCUAUGGUGACAUGUACCCUGCAACAGUCUGGGGCAAGAUGGUGGGCUCUAUGUGCGCCAUUGCUGGUGUUCUUACUAUCUCGUUGCCUGUUCCUGUCAUUGUGUCCAACUUCAGCUACUUUUACCAUCGAGAGACUGAAUGCGAGGACCGAAGUGAGUACACUCAUGUCGAAACUGGCCUAUGGGAGGAUGAGGAGGCUGAACGAGAGGAUUUUGAGGAAGAUGGCCAGGAUCCAGAGGGAGAUUAUUAUGCCAGUGAAGGUAUUUGCAGCCCUCUAAAUGGGACUUUGCUUGGUGGACUGUGUACAGGACAGAGUAUAGAGUACAAGGGAGGAAACAUGUAUCUGAGGGAACCACUGGUUACUCAAGUUUAGGGAGGAAGUUUUGUAUCCUUUGACAAAAUCAUAAAAGCAAGAAAAGUUCAUGAUUCACAAUUAAAUAAAAAUGUAUUUAAAGGUUCUGAAGUCCUGGCAAGACAAACUAGUGAACCAACAAAUGCUAGUUUGUGUCAUUUCAAUUUAAUGCUCAUAUACCUCCUGACAACCUAAUAUUGCCUUUGUUAUUUGCUGGAACACUAACCAGUCAAAUGUCACUGAAAAGCAACUUUUGCAUAACACUGGUUUAAAAGACAAAAGUUUUACAUUCUCAGGGUUGUGAUAUUAAUGAAAUACAAGCUUUUAUUUAUUAUUGCUGUCAGCUUGUGUUUGAGAUGACUUCCUGAAUGUCUUGUGUCUUGAAACUAUAAUGUCUUAGUACUUGUGCCUGAAAGUUUGAAAUGAAAGCAGACAGAUCACAGGCGAUAUGAAUGUCACAUCUUUUCAGAACUCAACCAAAUACCAGCUGAGCUGUCAAUGAGGACAGAGUAAGAUCUCUCAUACAACACCUUUCACAUUCUCAAUAUUGUUCUAUAAGUAUAAUGUAUGCAUAUUUGAUUUUUUUUUUUUUUUUUUAGUUCUGGCUUAUAUAUUACCUAAAAUGCCUGUGUUAAAUAAUUGAUUUGACUGCCAUGGCAAAUGUUCUGUAUUUAUC